GAAGUGGCAAAACUUACACUAUGCUUGAUGAUAAACAAGGACUUUACGUUCUGGCUGCUCGAGAUAUUUUUAACUUAUUACAGCGGCCGGAAUAUAGCCAUUUAGCGUCAUAUAUAGGGUUCUACGAAAUUUAUCAAGGGCAAUUAUAUGAUCUGUUGAAUCAACGAAAAAAAUUGUUUGCCCGGGAAGAUGGAAAGAAAAAUGUCGUAAUCGCAGGACUUCAAGAAUAUUCCAUCGAUAAUGUAGAUAAUCUUAUGCAAGUAUUUGAUUACGGAAAUACAAUACGAAGCACAGGCAGCACUGGCGCAAAUGAAGAUUCUUCUAGAUCCCAUGCUAUUCUACAAAUAGUACUAAAACAUAGGAAAAAUAGGAAAAAGUUUCAUGCUGGUAGUGAACGUG